ACUGUAGGUUACACUCGAACUAUAUAAAGGCGCCUUGCUCGGCGGUGCUGGCAUCAAGUUCAAACUUCAAACUUGUCUAGCACAAGCACAAUGCUCGGCGCCGGGGGUGCUGGCGGCGGAGGAGGUGCCGGUGGUGCUGGCGGAGGAGAUGCCAGCGGCAACGGCGGUGCUGGCGGGGGAGUUGCCGGCGGUGGUGGUGCUGGUGCUGCUCGUGCUGCUGCCGGCGGUGGUGGUGGUGGUGCUGCUGCUGCCGGCGGUGGUCGUGGUGGUCCUGGUGCUGGUCUUGCUGCUGCCGGCGGCGGUGGUGGUGCUGCUCUUCCUUGUGCUGGCUGUGGUGGCGAUGGCACCGGCGGUGCUGCUAUUGGUUGUGCCGUCUGUGGUGGUGAUGGUGCCGGCCGUCGUGGUGAUGGUACCGGCGGUGAUGGUGAGGGUGGUGCUGGUGGCGGCGCCGGCGGUAGGGGAGCUACUGUCGUCGGUGCAGGCACUACUACUACUACUGUCGACGGUGCAGGCACUACUACUACUACUACUACUACUACUACUACUACUACAGGCGCUCGUCCUCGUCCUCGUGCUCGCAAGCUACUUCCGACCAACAUCAAGGCGUCUUCCAAGGCACAGUUUAUGCUUCUGACGGUUGCGGUCGUGCUGUGUUUCUUGACGGUCACUAUUAUGCCAGAGAAGAAAGAUGGUGCAGGAUCUCCGCCCUCGGCACCUCCGCACCUCCCCUCUCCGGACCACCGGCGUCCGCAUCACCGUCCUCCGCCCUCUGCGCCUACGUAUGGGGCAGCUCCGCCUCCGCCUCCGCCUCCGCCCCCUCCGCCGUGCUGGCCGUCGAAUCGCUAUGAGUACAUAGUGAUUGGACAAGUGGCCAUGACGUUCAUUGCCCUCAGUUCGGCCCUCCUUGCGCUUGUCGCCUUGGUGUAUGCGAUCAGGGCCCAUCAGGACUACGAGCGCGCUCGCCAGGUAGGGCAGGAGGACGCCAUCUUCCAGGCAGCCAAGGCUGCCUGGCAAGUAUCGCUGCUGGACCUGAACGUUCUCAAGAGGGAGUACAUGGAAGCUCGCGACGAGGCCACGCUGCACGGAGUUCCCCAACAGAUGAUCGACGACGCAGUCCAUGACGCUAGAGUGGCGCUCGAUGCCGCUCAGGCCAAACACGACGAGCUCUUGGCCGCGUGCGAAGCGGCCAGGCCGCUGGAGGGGGUGUUCCGUCUGGGUCGUCUCACGCGCUUCUUGGCACGUGCAUCGCUGGCUUCCUCGGCGAUCCUCUCUGCUUCGCUCACGGUGAAUGCCUACUACGUCGUCAUUAUCUUCACCAUGUUUCGUUUCAUGUGUGCGGACGAGGUUAAUUGGGCUCGGGUUCUCCUCGUGGUUGUGGGCGGUGUCAUUCUCUUCAUCCCGAUCGCCCUAUUUCACUUUGCCAUCUUUCAGUCGGCGCUGCAGGCUCCUUAGGUAGAGUAGGCCAGGCUCGAUCUAGCUAGCUAGUGUAAUCGUUGGCUGCAUGCAUGAUCCUUAGGUAGAUUAGGCUGAUCGAUCGUUGGCAACCAUUUCUCGUGGGAUGGCACGGGUACAAAGAUGGAGGCCACCGAACAAUCAGUAGGAUCAAUAGAGAGAUUUAUCUCCUCUAGUUAAGCUUUCACUGUUAUAUCUUGGAGUCUCGCCGCUUUUUUGCUCUUAGAGUUGGACUAGCCAGUAGUGCAAUUAUUGGGCGCCACCAGGCCACUGAUUAAGUAGUACUAGUAGUAGUAGUUGUAUGAUCAAGAGAUUAAUCUCACCAAAAUAAGUUGUAUUAAGAUAUUGUUAUCUUCUAUGUGCUGCGUUUUCUCUAUUAUCUGAUUUAUAAAUCGUUGUAUGGAUGUUUA